AUGGAUUUUCCAGUAGAUGAGUUUAAACAAUUUGCUUCAGGUUAUCCUCAACUUUUUUUAAAUUUAAAUCAACAAUAUAAAUCAGCUUUAGAAAAUAAAGAACAUAUUUACUAUGAAUUAUUAAAGAAUAAAUAUAUUAACCCUUAUUUAGAUAAGACCGACUAUAGUAGAAUAUUUAAAAGGUUUUUUUCUCAGGAAAAAGCAAUUGAAUAUUUUUAUUCGAUUAAUUUACAUUUCGGGAAAAUAGAAAGCUUGGAUGACUUUAAAAUACUACCUAUUGGAGUUUUUGCUGAAGAAACAACAAUAAGUGGAAGCAGAAAUUAUAUUGUUAGUUCUUAUGAAUCAAUCUGGUAUUAUAUCUCUUCAUUAAGUAAGUAUCGAAGGCAUAUUUACGAAGUAAUACUUGAGAAACAGCCCUGUUGGUUAUACUUUGAUAUUGAAUAUAAUAAAAAUCAAUAUAAUUUAGAUGAAAACCAAAUAUUGAUAGAUUUCACAAACCACUUACAACUGUGGAUUAAUUCAGCAUUUGGUUAUUUAAUUUGCAAAAGUGAUAUUAUUUACUUGCGUUCAAGUAAUGUUGACAAAUUUUCAUACCACAUUAUAGUUAAAAAGAUUGAUGAAGUUCAAAAUUUUUCAACAUUAUUCAAAGAUAAUUUAUCCAUGAAAAUCUUUGUAAGCCAUUUCGUUUCUUAUUUGAAUGAAAAUUGUAUUAAAAUUAAUGGAUUUGAUCAUUUUAAACUUCAAGAUAUAAUUGAUACUGGAGUUUAUACCAGAAAUCGUUGUUUCAGAAUGCUUUAUUCUUCAAAGUUUGGAAAGAAGAGCAUCUUAAAAAUUGAUGAAGAGAACACAAGCUUCGAAUUAACAGAGUUCUUACCGAUCAUACUCUUUCGGUCAAUGAUAACUUUUUUGAAUACCCAUCAUUUUACAAAGUCAAAAUUUAUUUCUAGAGCAAACGUAAUCAAUAAACUAUGCUUUAAUAUGGAAAAAUUCGAGUUUAAAGAAGUUUUUAAAAUUAAGAAAACUUUCUGUGAAUAUAAAAAUAUUGAAAAUGCAAGCUUUAUUCCUAAACAUAUGGUAAAAGCAAUAGAAUAUGCCAUUUUAUUUUGGAAUAAAUUAUGUGAAGAACUAAAAAAAAAUCCAAAAAUAACAUUCAACAAUUUGAAAGAAAGUGAAUUAACUGAUUACUGUAUGAAAAAAAUUCAUUUUGAUUUUGUUGACAAAAUUUCGAUAGGAAUUAAAAUGUAUAUAAGUACUACUAUGUAUUUUAAAGAAAAAGAAUUGAUUAUUAUUUCAGUUUCAAAGCUGAAUAGAUUGUGUUUUAAUGUUGAAAGGGAGCAUAUUUCAAACGGGAUAAAACUAAUUAUUGACUUAAUUAAUAAGCGGUUUUAUCAAAAAUGUUUUGAUCCCGAUUGUAUAAAUUUUAAAUCAAGAUCAUUUACUAUUCCAACAAACGUAAUUGAUUAUUCACUUGACGUGCUUGAAUUAUCUGGAAUGGUCAAACUUUAA